AAAAGCAAACCUACCUGCUGAAAGAAAAACAAAAAGGAAAAUAACUGAUGAAGAAUAUGAAGUGAAGGAAGAAAAUAUAGAAAAAGCUUUAAUUGUGGAACGGGAGGUUUCCCCUUUGGCGAUGAUUACCAAAGAAGUUCCUGCAAAAAAGAAACCAAAGAAAUCAAUUGCUGUUUACAAGGAAAAAGUAGCAGAAGAAGAGGAAGAAAAAACUGGAGUUAGAGGAGGACAUGGAAAAUUCAUCAGUUUCAUUUCCAUGAUGAAUGAACAGAAGAAGGAGGCCGUUUGGAAUAUCGGUCUAGGAGCAUUGCUAGAUUUCCAGCUACCUACUUCAUCCCAACAAUUUGUUACAUGGCUAUGUAACAACUUUGAGGAAAACAGCCAAUAUCUUUAUCUGCCGAAGAAUGAGAAAAUCCUGAUAGAAUUUGAGGACGUGAAAAAGAUAUAUGGCCUUCCUAGCGGUGAAGUAGACAUAGUUGAGGCAAAGUCUGACAAGGCUAGUGAAGAGUUUUCUGCAUUCAUGGCAAGUUGGAAAAAGAUCUUUGGGAAUAAGGUCCCAUCAGUUCAGAAAAUUUUAAAGUACUACAGUCAAGAAGACCAAAUUGAGGCUGGACCGGAUGCAAAUUUCAUUACAAGCUUCUUGGUGGUCACUGUCAACACGUUGAUCAAGAGCACGUUGUCAAACCAAGCAUACUUCAAAUUUUUGUUCUCAAUGAUGAAUCAUGAGCAGAUCCGGAACUUGAAUUGGUGCAAGUAUGUGUGGGAGGCACUGCUCUCAACUACUGCACAGUAUAAGAAAAACCUGAAACAAAAGGACAAAGCAACAUUUUUCACAGGACCAUUGCCGUUAUUGACGAUUUUCUAUUUUGACAGAGUUCAAAGAAUGAACUUUUUUCCUCCAAGACGAAUUCCACUUGUGUCCUGCUGGACAAAGGAAAUAGGACACAAACGGAAUAAAUUGGAGGAAAGUGGCUUUGGAUUGGGGAAGGAGUUUAUGGAUGAGUUUGUCGGUAUAAUUCAAGCUGUUGGUGACAAUUUGUCAAAGCUUUCUGAUUCACUGAAGAAGGCGCAAGAAUUCUUCCCAGGAAAUGAGUUGGUAUCUAAAGUGGAAGAGUUCUUGUCAAAAAUGGCAAAAGAACCAUCAUUAAGCCAAGAUGAGUGGUCUGAUGACUUCAUUAAGGCUCUGUUGGAAAAAGAAAAAGAGUUGUUGGAUGCAAUUGAGCUGGAGAAAAACAAAGCAAAAAAGGAUAAGCAGAGAUAUGAGUAUGAUAUCAAGAAUGCAUUCGACUUGGGACUUUCACCAUCACCGAUAAUAGAUGAUGACAAGUUGAAACGUGAGAAAGCUGGUACAUCCACCUCUACGCCAAAUUUGUCACUUGAAGAAAUAGAUGAAUCUUUGGCUUCUGCUAUGCUGAAUCUAAAACAAAGAAGGGAGGAAGAGAAAAAAGAAAAUGAAAUUGCAAAAGCUAAGAAAAUGAUGCAAGCAGAAUCAGAAGUGAGUGAACCAGCUUCAGAAAAACCAAAAACAACAGUGGAGGAGAUUGUUGUACAAGAAGAGAAGAUUGUGAGCUCGGAUGAAGCUACAGUGGAGCCUGAGUUGCAUGAGCCUGCACCAGAAGUGAGAAAUGAAGAGGUUUCUGCACCACAAGUGAUUGAGAAGAAGGUUACACCAGAUGGGGUCGAGGAGCAGCCUGCAAAAAAUAAGAAAAAUGAAAGUGCUGAACCACAAGUGCUUGAGAACACGGUUGCACAACAAAUGGUUGAGGAGCCAGCAGAACCUCAUACUCCUACACAGUCGCAGGUGCAACAACCAGUGGAAGCUGAACUAUCUGUUGGUGCAGAACAAUCUUCUCUUCCUUCACCAAAAACUCCAUUGAAUGAAGUCUCAAUAUCAACAUUAAUUUCAAGCACAAAAACAGAUUUGAAAUUGGACGAAAUUUUUGAAGACAAAGGAGAAAAAGAAGAUGAAGGAGAAGGAAAUGAGAAAGGUGACAAAGGAAAAAGACCUCAAAGGAUUCACAAACUACCGGCUGCCUUCUCUUCUCCAUAUUUGGUCAAGUAUCGAGACUUGUUCAAAAAUCUGGACACAAUGCAUCAAAGCCUAGCAGAUUAUGUCUUAAGUGGUCAGGACAACAUUGAGGUUCUUUAUUUUGAUGGAUACAACUACAUCAAUAGAGAGGACAUGAAAACACUGGUUGAUGAAGCGGAAGUGGUUGACUGUGUGAUUGAUUCAUGGUCAAAGUAUCUAAAUGCAAAGGGCCAUAAAGAUAAACUCUUCCUUUCAACAGUUCCAUAUCAUAUUAUGUGCACAAACAAGGUGUGUCCAGCAGGAUCCUCCUACGAAAAAAGGCUUGAGGAUUUUAACAGAAGGGUUAACGAAGAACUGGUUAACUAUAAUUUCAAAAACAUUCAUCAAUUUAAACAGAUAUUCAUCCCUGUUCUUGCUGCAAAACACUUCUAUCUCCUAGUCAUCAACCAUUACAAUGCAACUGUGGAUGUAAUUGACAACAGGCCUCUACCAAGAAAUGUAAAAUUUGAGGAUAAAUAUGAGGGACACCCAGAAGUUGUGUUGGAUGCUUUUGCAAAAUAUAUGGGCACAUUUGGAUAUGAGGUAGAACCAAUGCAAAAGUAUGAAAUGAAUUUGGUCAAGAUGAAAUGGAGAAGCAUGAAAGACUAUACAAACUGCGGUGUGUAUGUCAUGAAGCACAUGGAGACCUAUACUGGUGAUCCAGAACAUGAAUGGAUAUGUGACUUGAAGGCAAAUGAUACAAAUCAAAUAAGGAAGCUUCGUGUCACUUUCUGUGGUCUCCUAAUGCUUUCAAAGCAAAAUGAAAUGCAUGAGUCAAACAUAAAUGAAGCAUGGAGGAGUUAAUGAAAAAUUAAGCAGAUAGUAUUUCAAGGUUAACAAACAAUAGAUAGAUUUUUAGUACAAUGUAAAGACAAUAUUUUGGUAUUUUGGUGGUUUGUUCAAAAACAUAUAACUUGGUGUUCAUUUCCUUUAUGUUUAAUAUUCAGUUUCCUUUGCUGUAGAAAAUCCAAUGCA